GCGCGGGAGCCGGCCGGCGCUCAGACCUGAGAGGUGCGCGCGCGCGCCUGUCGUCGCUGGUAGAGUUGGGUCCCGCCGCCCCGGUCCGGCCUGUCCCCCGCGCGCGUGCAGCUCGCGCGUGCCGCCGCCCCGAGGUGUUCGGGGUAGGGGACCGAGAACCCCGGGCUCCUGCGGCACGGUGGCCGGCGGCCGCUGGCGGAGAUGCCUGGGAAGAGGACGCGUAAGAGCGCGCAGCCGAGCCCCGCGCGGGCCCCGGCAGAGCCCGAAGUGGAAUGUGCCAUGCAGCUCCGGAGAUUUGGAGACAAACUGAAUUUCCGACAGAAGCUUAUGAAUCUGAUAUCCAAACUCUUCCGCUCGGGAACCUGACUGCUUUGGGAGCUUUCGAAUGAGGAGAUGGCUUUGAGACGGAAGGUUCCCCAGUGGAUGCAAAUUUCAUCAGUUAGAAGAGACUGCCUUGUAAUGGAGGUUGUGAGGGAGAUCUCACUUGCUUUGGAUGCCCUUGGAAACCAGGAUGGGAUACAUCCAAGAGGAUUUCUGUCGGGGAUUUCCCAGAAGUCAUUUUUCUGGGGCUCGGGAGAACGUUAUAAGACCACUUUGUUUAUUUGUAAAGCAAGAAUGGAGGAACUGUGCAACAUAAGGAAUGAAUUACUUAUACCUUGAGUUUUUACUUCGAAAAUUAUUCUGGUAUGUGUGCUGAAGGUUGCUGCCCAGGGGUGCUGGCAAACGGAUAACGGUGGGCAGGGGCAAGAAAGAGCGAAUGUUCAGUGUUGGUUUUCACUUUUGGAAGACAGAAAAGUGCUGUAUAGUCUUCGGUUUAUAUAUUACCUUGUUAAAAGUAAAGAUUUCAUUCUGGAAACACAAUGUCAUGGUGAAUGUUGAUCCCGUAGGUCACUACAAAAUAUAGGGUAAUUUGAAAGCUUUU